AACGAUCAAAGGACAGGGUUCUCGGUGCAUCUUAUUUCCUUAAAGAAACUAAGAACAGCGGCGGUGGACGCAACGCACUGCAGCAGAUCCCCUUCCAACCAACGGAGUCGGUUUUGUCGAUGCCUUUUCGCUUCCAUCCCACCUCGUCGCCUUUGGAUCCCCAAUCCGACCACCUCUGCCUAUAACGGUUCUCCCGGCGAGGAAUGGUGAAGCAUCCCGGCUUCGCGAGUGGUAGUCUUCUUUAGCCGGUUGCGGAGAUGGGUUUCGUGUGGUCGUUGCUGGAGAAUUGCGGAUUGCGGAUCUUUUGCUUGGCGUGGCUGCCGGUGGAGUUGUCGCGUGGGUAUCUUCGGUUCGUUUUGGUGUUCUAUGCCUUGGCUAGGGUUCUCGCCAACAUGGAAGGUGAUGCUUUGCACAAUCUCAAGACCAACUUAAUUGAUCCUAAUAACGUGCUACAGAGCUGGGAUCCAACUUUGGUCAAUCCAUGUACGUGGUUCCAUGUCACUUGUAACAAUGACAAUAGUGUUAUUAGAGUUGAUCUUGGUAAUGCUCAGCUUUCUGGUACUUUGGUCCCCGAUCUUGGUCAGUUGAAAAAUCUGCAGUAUCUGGAACUUUACAGCAACAAUAUUAGCGGGACGAUACCUAGUGACCUUGGAAAUCUGAUGAACUUGGUCAGCUUGGAUCUUUACCUGAACGGCUUCACUGGUGAAAUUCCUGAGUCAUUGGGGAAGCUAACAAAGCUGCGUUUUCUCCGGCUUAACAAUAAUAGUUUGUCGGGUCCCAUUCCUAAGUCUUUGACUAAUAUCACUGCUCUCCAAGUUCUGGAUUUGUCAAAUAACAACCUGUCUGGUGAAGUUCCAUCAACUGGGUCCUUCUCACUGUUUACUCCAAUAAGUUUUGCUAACAACCCUCUUUUAUGUGGCCCGGGUACAACAAAGGCUUGUCCUGGUGCUCCUCCCUUAUCCCCGCCACCUCCCUUUGUUCCUCCAAUUCCACUGUCAUCCCAAGGAAGUAGUGCUUCUAGCACUGGCGCAAUUGCUGGGGGAGUUGCUGCUGGUGCUGCUUUGGUUUUUGCUGUUCCUGCUAUAGUGUUUGCAUGGUGGCGGCGUCGUAAGCCACAAGAACAUUUCUUUGAUGUACCUGCUGAAGAGGACCCAGAAGUUCAUUUGGGCCAGCUUAAAAGAUUUUCCCUGCGAGAAUUACAAAUUGCAACUGAUAAUUUUAGCAACAAGAACAUCCUGGGAAGAGGAGGAUUUGGGAAAGUCUAUAAAGGACGACUUGCAGAUGGUUCACUUAUAGCAGUAAAGAGGCUAAAAGAGGAACGCACUCCAGGUGGGGAACUCCAAUUCCAAACAGAAGUUGAGAUGAUUAGCAUGGCUGUGCAUCGGAACUUACUUAGGCUUCGUGGCUUUUGUAUGACACCCACUGAACGGUUGCUUGUGUAUCCUUAUAUGGCUAAUGGAAGUGUUGCAUCACGCUUAAGAGAGCGGCCGCCAUCUGAGCCACCACUUGAGUGGGCAACACGACGACAGAUUGCGUUGGGUUCUGCAAGAGGGCUGUCCUACCUGCACGAUCAUUGCGAUCCUAAAAUCAUUCAUCGCGAUGUUAAAGCUGCAAAUAUAUUGUUGAAUGAGGACUUUGAGGCUGUUGUUGGAGACUUUGGCUUAGCUAAACUAAUGGACUACAAGGAUACCCAUGUAACAACUGCUGUCCGUGGAACUAUAGGACAUAUAGCUCCAGAGUACUUGUCAACUGGAAAAUCCUCGGAGAAGACUGAUGUUUUUGGCUAUGGAAUCAUGCUUUUGGAACUGAUUACAGGGCAAAGGGCAUUUGAUCUUGCUCGACUUGCAAAUGAUGAUGAUGUUAUGUUGCUUGACUGGGUAAAAGGACUACUAAAAGAGAAAAAGCUGGAGAUGUUGGUUGAUCCUGACCUGCAGAACCAGUAUAUUGAGGCUGAGGUGGAGUCUCUCAUCCAAGUGGCUUUGCUGUGUACUCAAGGUUCUCCAAUGGAACGACCAAAAAUGUCAGAGGUGGUGAGGAUGCUUGAAGGCGAUGGUCUUACCGAGAAGUGGGAGGAGUGGCAAAAGGUUGAAGUGGUCAGACAAGAGGAGCUGGUCCCACGUCAUCACAACGAAUGGAUUUUAGACUCCACCGACAACCUUCAUCCAGUUGAAUUAUCUGGACCUAGAUGACCACUAGAUGAAAAAUGCUACGAACCAUCUAAAAUCUCCUACUUUUCAUGCAUUUCAUGUCUUCCGUGACCAUAUUCUACAUCUCGAAGGGAGUUGGUAUUGUGUAAAUUAAUUUAUGGGUCCAUUGUGUCAUGUGUGUUUUCCAUUAAAGUGUAUUUUUUAGUGAGAUAAUGUUACAAUUCUCUUCUUGCAAGUGGCAGAUUUGGUGCCUCUUGCUAGAAUGUAUGUUUCACGUGUACUAACACAAACUUCUGUUGUCCAUGUACAGAAUGGUACUCAAACUUUGCUUGUUUGUCAAA